AGUAUUUCCUACGAUAUGGUACUGAAGUAGCGGGCGAUUGUGUGUAUAACUUUAUUAAUUCAUGUCAUUUGACCCCGUAGCUGAAACAGACUGAGAUACUGCUGUAAUGACGUCAGGACGUCGGAAUUCUGGUUGCUUGGCUCAGCAAAGACAAUAAGUACAAUUCCCUACCGGUGCCCUAUUUCUUGAAUGGCCUAUAAACAGGUAGUACCGAUACCGGUAAAGCAGAAAAUGAGUGUACUGUAAAGAACAUACAGACAUAAGCUAGGCUUUUUUACUGGGAUGUUUUGAUAGGCUACUGCUGUACUGGGAUAUACAGAUAUGUAAAUCAUGGAAGCAAAACUUCCUAAUCCUAUUGUCCUGACUCCUAGUGCAGUCAGUCAGUAGUGCAAUACAGAAAUCUGGAAAUUGACUUUUGUCCAUGGUAUCACAAACUGAAUUGUUUUGUUAUUAGUUAUUUUAAAUAAUAUUUAUAUAAAUCACAUGCAUCUCGAUCGCAAUAUUAUUCUAACUUAUUUCAUUGAUUAAAUGCAUGCAUUCGAAACCACUAUUUCCUUAUUUUUCUCUCAAAAUACUACUAAAAUGACUACCGGUACUGUCAAUUGAUUUUAACCUAACUUCAAUAGAAUCAAAUCCAAUACCUGGAAUAACUGCUUAGAAAUGUUCAAAUACUGAAAUAUAUUUGUGCUUACAGAUAUUUUUUUUUAUAAUGGAGCAUACAUAAUUGAUAUUUCAAGUGUUGGAAAUACUUCAUAAAAAAUGGAUACUCAAAAUGGUGAAGAAUCUAAAAUCUUUCACUGCUUUUUUAUUGCAAAUUUGGGCAUUGAUGAAAUAUCAGCACCAAUCUACUUUUAUCCCAAAGAUGCAUCAGACAAUAAAGAGCUUCGUCAAUACCAGAAAUUUUGUUUUCCAUUCAAAAAAUCUGACAUAUCUGCAAUCGGCCAGAGACAUCAGCAUUUUGCGUUCAUGUUGACUGAUUUAGAUAAAACUCAUACAUAUGGUUUUUGUAAACUGGUGGACAGUGGUCGGCAGUGUUACUGUUUUAUUAGUCCUCUUCCGUGGUUUGAGAUAUUUUAUAAAUUUUUGAACUGUGUUCGGACUAUUCAUAGUCGAAAUGAUUUGAAUACCCUCCAGUUACUUUUGGACGAUUUGUACCUAAUGCCGAUACCAAAACCAAAAGUAAUAGUUAAUGUUAGCAGUUCGUUAACAUUCUGCGCCCCAGAUGAAAACGACCUGCCAUCGAUUCCCGAAAAUCGAAAUAUGAUGGAAUAUAUUUCAGCAAUCCAUCCGAAAAAUAUGUUGGAAAUAUUCGCAGCUCUCAUGUUCGAAAGGAGAAUUAUUUUUGCAGCGACGAGUUUGAGUAUUUUGACCGGUUGUAUUUUUGCGGCAGAAGCCCUAUUGUUUCCCCUAACUUGGCAACACAUUUUUAUCCCUUUGUUGCCGCAAGAUAUAAUAGACUAUUGUCAUGCACCAAUGCCAUUUAUUGUUGGUUUACAUGCUUCACUAUUACCAUUAGUUCAACAAUCUGCAUUGUCUGAUGGAGUUGUUAUCGUUGAUAUUGAUGAAAAAACUGUUACUACACCAUACGAUGAUUUGGACAAUAUGCCAAGUGAAGCAACGUCAUUUUUACGCUCACAUUUAGGAAAGCCAAAUAUAGCUGUCGGAACUAAUUUAGCUGAAGCAUUUCUCAAAACACAAGCAAGGUUAAUUGGAGGAUAUAGGAGUGCUCUAAAAUUCAGAAUGGGUGAGUCUAUCGUUUUUGACGACGAAAAAUUUAUUGAACUUCAUAAAGUCGGGAGUCGCAGAAAUUUUGCAGAAUCGUUAGUGCAAUUACAAACAUUUAGAGAAUUUGUUGACAAACGAAUGGAAAUGCUUAAUAAUGGUAUCGGAUUUCGUGACGCUUUCGAAAACGAGGUUACAGAAUUACAACGUCAUAAUGGAGAAAAUGGGAAUGCAAUGUAUAAAGAAUGGUUGACUGUUAGUCGAAAAGGAAAUGAGUUCAUUUAUAACGUGAAAAAGCAUGCAAAAUCUAAUAUGAAAUCAGCAAGAGAAAGUGCGCGUCAAAGCAUGCGUGAUAUGAAAAUUGCAGUGAAAGAGAUCCAAAAAGAAAAAGAAGCUUCUUCGCCUCGUCCAUCCUCGUUAAAGAGCAGACAAUCGUUACGUGAAAAUAUUCGUCCAAUGAGGCCCCCACGUCCUCCACCACCUCGACCAAUUCCAGAAAGUCCAUCAGAAUCGCCGGAGUCAAAACACAAACCCACACGACCCCCACCUCCAAAACCAACUCGCCGAUAUAAUUUAAUCGACAAUGACUUUGAUAGCAUCGACCAUAAUAGGACUGUUAAUAACAACAACUCGUUAGAAAUCAUGGCAACGCCAAAUGAUGUUACUCCUGAGCGGGAAUCUAAUUCUAGUCUGCUUAUUGACCUAUCUGAUUGGCAAACUUCCACUAAUAAGAACUUUGACAAAUUGUUUAAUAACGACGCUUGGGAUAAAGCAGCACAAGGUCAAACUGCUGUGAAUUCCGAGCAAAAAAUGAGCGGUUUUGAAAACGAACUUUUCAAUUUCUCAGAGGAAAGUACUCAAACUUCAAAAACUAUUCUUCCAAAACAUCGUACAAGUUCUAUUCGCCGAGCCGAACACGUAAAAUCUCGCCCUCUGCAAAUUGUUGAACGUCAACAAGAAUUACCUGAUGGUGAACUUUUGUUGGGCCUGUUUGAUAAUAAUAACAAAAGCUCUAAUGAACAAUCAAAAUCAUCCAUGGACUUCAAUUGGGAAUCUUUUGAAAAUUCAAACACUAAAGAUAUCAAGACUAAAGUUUCAACUCAAUCUACGAAGUCCAUCGAUGGCCCAUUGAUAUCAUUUGAUUAGCUUCGUAUCUAGGUCAAAAAAGAUAUGCAGAGUUGAAAUUCAUAAAAAUCCCUUGAAAAAUGGGUAAUCUAUCCAAAUAGUAAGGAUUUGGACUUUCCAAACUCAGUCAUUCUAUACAUCCAACUGGUUACUUGGCCAGACAUAUUUUGCUCUGUAGCAGUCACUGAUAUACAAGGAUCUACUUUAUUUUAGAAGCAACAGAAUACUUUUGACUGAACUGAGAAAUUUAUUGAGAAAACAGUUUGGCUAAAUUUAUAUGAAUAAUUGGAUAUUUCUAAUGGGGCUGGCUCCAUAUGAAAUAUUUUCAUAUAAUGCUAGGGGUGAAUAAAGCAUAGUCAAGUUUUAUUGGUAAAUUUCAUAACAAACUUUGCAUUAGAUUUGUCAAAGUCAGACAAAGUGGUGUACCUACUAAUAUCUCGGCAUAAACAGUGCAGUGCACUUCGAGAAGUUAUUAUUAUUUACUUGUCUUUCUUCUGGUUUGUAUGAGUUUGCAAAAGUAUUCUCCAAAUAUAAUAAUUUUGGUAUGAUAGAAUUCAAUGUUACAAUUGAUUUGGAUUAUUUAAAUUAUAUUCUACUGUAUUCAAAUAUAACUUUUCUUACAGUAAAAUCAUGAUAUAAAUUUGACCUGAAUAAAAUAGUAUAUUUUACCUAAAGAUAUAGAAAUUUCAAUUCCGCAUUUGAACUUUUGACUUUUGAGUAUAUUUUCAUGAAUUUGUUCGAAUUUUAUUUCAACAAAUCUCUUGACAUCCCAACCUAAAAUAGUCAAUGUAAUAUUUUUUGUAAAUUAAAUUAUCUACCUAGCUGCCAAUCAGAGUUUAUUGACGUUGGUUUACUUUUUUUUCAUUGUCAUCCAUAUGCAUUAUAUAUUAUUAUAACAAUGUUUCAUAAUGUAUAUAAUAUUACAAUUUAUUAUGUUGUUAACGAUAUUUCAUAACAUUUAAAUUCUACUACUACUAAAAUAUUCGCUUUAUUCCUUUUUUCAUUAAUUGUUUCGUUUAAAAUAAUCUAUCAUCUUGAUAGUUGUUUGGCGUUGUUCUUCGUUGUUGAAAAGUUGAAACAACACUCGCGCUGUAAGAAUGUAUUUAGCAGCAAUUUAACCUUUAGUCAUAGCAUGGAAAUGGAGGUAAUUGUCACGUUUGACACCGCAUCAGGAUGCGUAAUUAUUAAAUACCUGAAUGUUACUUUCCUGUGAUGAGAGUGUUUAAUACAUUCAGUUUAGAAAUGCUUGAAAACCUAUAAGUUGCAAGUUCAUGUAAAGUUUGAUGCAUCAAAUCUACCGGUAUAAUGGAAAUUUACUGUUUCUAAUGGAACCUGGCAGCUAUUUUUCAAAGGCGUAAUGAAACUACAUGUUUAGAUUUAAUUUUUUUGGGGUCAUCAUUUAACUAAGCCCUAUUGUUUUUAUUUCUGGGGUAACGCUCCAAGAAAUAGAACCAUAAGUUUCAAACUUACUGUUAUAAAAAUGAAAAAAAAAAAUUAUUUAGCAGUCAUUGUUUAUGAUUUUACCCAAAAGUUUCAGUAAUCUGGAACACUUUGCACAAACGUUACUGUUCUCUCUGAAAAAUGAACCGAGUUUUGUUUUUAGUGAUCACUUUGUGUGUCAAAUUCAACUCAGUGUCCCAGUUACUGUUAAAAAUGAUCAGAUUAUUAAAGACCUUUUCAGUGUUAUUCAUCACUGAUAUAGAUUGGCAAGAUGUUUUGUUAUUUAAUCAAAACAAAUUUAGUUCUUCGUUAUAAAAUUUAUAUUAAUAUGUAUGAAAAUGAGUAAUUCAUUAUUAAUUACAUUUAGACGCAUAUCGCAACCUGAUGAUAUAACACAUUACCACGCUUUUUGAGUCAUAACAAUUUAUAUCAACGAAGUACCGGUAUGCUGUAGGCAUAAAAGUUAAUAUCUUCUGCUCUUUUUAUAUGGUCUAUUUUAUUAAUUGGUGGAACUUUGUAUUUCCUGCCCACCCCCUACUGUGCAUAAAAGUAGUUUAUUUAUUUUAAGCUAGUCCCAAUUUAGUACAGUUCAAGAAGUGCACAAUGAGUAUUAUAGUUUUAUUAAAGAACUAAAGAAUAUUGCUAAUACUACAGCAAAUACAAAGCAAGAUUCCUCCACAAAAACGGCAAAAUUCUCCACGUAACGGUUGGGAACCGUGGGCAUAAUUGUCAAUACAGAAUUUCACCAUGUUUUUCAACCCUAUUCGAAUAGUAAAUUUUCUCAAUCGAUUCUGCUUCAAAUGGUCACAUAUUUUUCAAUCUUCAUUGAAACUGCCAUGGCAAUGGAAUAAAUACACACCGUUCAAUUUCAGAGGAAAGCUUCAUAUUUUAAACUGUUACACAGCUAGCACUGGCAUAAACACAAUUAACCAGUUUGAUGAUUCAGUUUCUGGCAACUUGUUUGUCAGUUGGAACCCUCAGCCCAAAGAAUUGUUCCUCACAGCUUAACACAAUCAUUUCCUAGUUUCGCUGAUUGAGUCUCGAAAAAAAUUUUGGUUGCUAUCCAUGCCUCCAUGUAGUUUAAAAAGGCCACAGUCCGGUCCCCAGGAACUAUCUACCUCUUCAUAAUUUAUUGAACGUUUAUUUUACAAAAUUUAUUUUAUUUGCAACAAUUGAACAAUGAAAUAGAGGCAGCAGGCGUCUUUAUAAAAAACAAUGUAAAAAUACUGAUAUUAAAUAAAAUGGUAAAAGUAAGUAGUGAAAAAAUAAACUGCACAUAUGAACAAGGCUUAUUAUAAUAAAAGUGAUAGGCAUUUACAUUAAAAACUGACACAUAAUUAUUGGUGGAUUUUGAUGGAAAACUCAGGUCUUUGAAGACAGCCUGUCCUAAGCAUUUCAUAAUAUAACAUAAUUCAUUAGUUGAAACUUGUUGCAAGAGACUAUACAACAAGGAUUUAUUUUGAACACAAGAGUGUAGCCAGCCCCAAUUUUUUGCUUGUAUAAUGACGUACGACUCUCACUCGUGCCUUUUGCUCCGAACAAGACUAGAUAAAAGCAGGCACUGAUAUCUUAUAAUAUCUUGAAGAAUUUCUCUACAGACUUACUUCGGUGUCGAAGUUAUCCAAGGUAUACAAGCGCGCAUUUUAUUUAUCUCGAUUGGUGAAAGGAUUAUUGAUAGCAAGCCAGGAAAAGUCAGUUUUCAGUAAAUCGUUCAAGAAUAGAGUAAAAUG